AUGAACCAAAACGUUGUUAUUAUUAUUGAUGCUGGUAGUGGAGUAUGUAAAGCUAGAGUUACUUCUCACGCUAAUCCGCAAUUAAUUUUGGAUACGGUAGUCGGUUAUGAAUUCAGAAAUAAUGUCACGGGUAUUCCGAAAAAGCGGUAUUUUGACAACGAAGAAUAUAAAUCGUUUAUGAUUGGAUUGUCAUAUCCAAUUGUUCGUGAUAUUAUCAAUGAUUUUAACAGAAUGGAAGAAAUCUUGACUUAUAUCUUCGAAAAACUUUCUGUUAAACAAGAAGAAUCUAUAAUUCUUCUAACAGAAUCAUUAUUUAAUCCAAAAGAAAAGCGUGAGAAAAUCACCGAAAUAAUUUUUGAAAAAUUUAAUGCAUCUGGAUUUUAUUUAUCAAAUGAUGCAGUUUUAGCUUUGCUUGCUACUGGUCGUAGUACUGGGGUUGUAUUACAAAGUGAUUAUAGUAUUACACAUUCUGUAACAGUAGAUGAAGGUACUCAUGUGAAAAUUUUUGCCGUUGUAAGCUCUUUUCAAGCGGCUUAA